ACGUUUCGUAUUGGUUCGUUGUCGUUUGGUUGGUUGUCUUGUCCUCGGUCGGCUUAUCUGUUUUCGGAAAUUGAUUAAAAUACAGGCUUUAUUGUGUAUUAUAUCAGUGCGGUGCCAGAGGUUGUGACUAAUUACUCAAGCUAAAACAUGUCCGAGACUCCCGACACUCCGCCUUUUAGCACCGUUGAUAUUAACAAUGGGAAUGGGGAUGACGAAGAUCUUUUCGCUUCAGCGGUCCAGGAGGUGAGCUUCGACCCGGAGCUGAAUGGUGCAGGAGACGGGCUGGAGAAGGGCAGCAUCAAUGACUCCAUGCAGUCCUCUACCACUGGACUUGGCAGUCCCAUCAUGGAAGAGAUUGCAACAGAGCGCCCAAACAACAUAAUCAUAACAGUAACAGAACCACAGAAAAUAGGCGAAGGAAUGAGUUCAUAUGUUGCGUACCGAGUCAUCACUAAAACCAACAUGCCGAUCUUCAGUAAGCAUGAGUUUGCGUCGCUGAGGCGCUUCAGUGACUUCCUCGGUCUGCAUGACAAGCUCUCAGAGAAGUACCUGAGAUCUGGCAGGAUCAUUCCACCGGCGCCUGAGAAGAGCAUUGUUGGAACAACAAAGCUGAAGAUGACAUCAACACCCUCAGUAGACAGCGCGGGGGGCGCGGGGGGCGGGGUGCACUCGCAGUUCGUGGAGCGGCGCCGCGCCGCGCUCGAGCGCUUCCUGUCGCGCGUGGCGCAGCACCCCGUGCUGUGCAUCGACCCCGACUUCAGGAUGUUUCUGGAAUCUGAGUCGGAGCUGCCCAAAGCGACGUCAACGUCGGCUCUGAGCGGCGCGGGCGUGCUGCGCCUCUUCAACAAGGUGGGCGAGACCGUCAACAAGAUCACCUACAAGAUGGAUGAGUCCGACCCGUGGUUCGAAGAGCGGCAAGCACGCACAGACAGCCUCGACGCCUGUCUCCGCCGCCUCGUCGGCGCCUGCGAGUCUCUGGCCAGCGAGCGGCGGGAGCUGGGCGCGCGCGCCGGCGAGGCGGGCGCGGCGUGCGCGGCGCUGUCGGCCGCCGACCCGCACCCGCCGCUGUCGCGCGCGCUCUCGCACUUGGCCGACACGCAUGAGAAGAUAGAACAAUUAAGAAUCGAACAAUCAAAUACAGAUUUCUACGUGCUGACAGAACACAUCAAGGACUACCUGGGACUCAUUGGUGCUAUCAAGGAUGUAUUCCAUGAACGAGUCAAGGUAUUCCAGAACUGGCAGCACGCCCAGAUGCAGCUGACUAAGAGAAGAGAGAACAAGGCGAAGGCCGAGCUCGCCAACCGGCCCGAUAAGGCAGAGCAGGCCGCCACCGAGAUCAUUGAAUGGGAAUCCAAAGUGGAGCGCGGUCAGCAGGAGUUCGACACGAUAUCGCGCGUGAUCAAGAAGGAAGUGGAGCGCUGGGAGCGGGAGCGCGUGGGCUCCCUGCGAGCCACCGUCGCGCGCUACCUACAGGAACACAUGAAGCACCAGGCACAGGCUAUCCGCUACUGGGACGCAUUUCUACCGGAGGCGCGGGCCAUCAAAUGAAUGCAGUAGACCGCCCUCAGCGCUGCCGUGCGAGCCAACGUAGACCACGCGAAGGUCUACGUUGGCUCGCACAUCAUCGGUUGAUCACAUACGAGUCGUAUUCCCGUAAAUAAUCCACGUUACUUUACAUGCAAAUUUUCAUAUAUUUUUUGCUCUUCUACUCUUUGAAUCUUUACUUGUUUAGGGUUUGGUUACUGUUCGGUGUUUCUUUGGUUACGAAUAUUGCUCAUACUACUUAGACGGCGCACUGUUUAAUAAUAAUAUCACAAUCAUUGUGGCUCCUGAAGCUUUUAUCUGAGAUUGUAUUUCCAUUUAUUGCACCCAUUUAUGUACACUAAAAAUAUAAUGUAUGAAUAUUAAAUAUAUAUUAGGUAUAAUUUUAAUGGAUAUAUUAAAUGCCCCUUAUCCCAAGGAUAGAAUAUAUAAAUAUUAAAAGAGAUAAUAAGUGUACUAUAAUUAGAUAUUUAGGAAAAUAACGAUCGUAAAAUCUUAGGUCACAACAUCACUUUUUUACUUAUCACUCACUAUGCUAAACCGAAUGCAACAUUUUAAUUUAAUCUUCAGUCUCACAAAUUCAUAAUGACGUAUUUAACACCCAUGUCAGAUGCAUUUCUGUAAUAUUAUUAAUAAAAUAUCGUAGUAAGAAUGUAAUAUCAAAAACUGAAGUGAGAAACGAUUUGUAACUAAACAUAAAAAAUAAAUUGUAUGUAGAUACAUGUAAUUGUCUAAUUUUAUAUGGAUUCUAUAUGUGGAGGAAGAGUGUCAAAAGUGUUUUUAUGGAUAAUGGUAAAAAUUGUGAUGUAUAAAAUGCGAUGAGAGUGCUUUUAGGAAUUUUAUGUAGCACAUAAUAUAUCUUUAAACUAUAAUUACCUAUUUGUUUCGUAUACUGUCGAAUAUUGACUUGAGGUCCAAUUAUUUAAUCUACCCUUGCUCGUGCUAAAUAUGGUUUAACAAUUUUAUAAUUAUAUACCUACCACUUAAAACACAGUCAUUGCAAGAUACUAAACUAAAUCAUCAUAAGUUAAAUGGCAUUAAAUUAAGGUUUCAUUAAGUUUCGUUACACUCUCAGUUAAAAUUAUUUUUAUACACAAAAUAUUUUGUUUUGUUACUUGGGUUUCGAUGGUUUUUAUCAGCAGAAACUAGCUUAAACUUAUGUGUAUGUUUAUAAUUGGUUAAAUCAUAAAAGUAAUAUUGUUAACUUUUAAUUUGCAGGUGCAUUAUUUAAAAUUAAUUCCAAAAAUAAAUAAAUUGUAUAUAAUAGAUACUUUAGAAUAUAUCUAUAGUAAUAUAGGUAGCAUGAUUUAAAAUAAUGUCCAGUCUAAUGACUGUAUUCUUUAUUUUUUAUAUUGCCAAAUAUAUUUAGUGGUAAUUAAUUGUUGUAUGGAGAUUAUAUAUUUAAAAUAUAUAUAUUAUGUACUGGUUAUCCCUUUAAAUAUAAUAAUUAUUCUGUUUAAUUCUAAGAUUAAAACUAUUAUUUCCCAGAGUUAAUUCCUAGUGAUACACGAGAGUAUUUUAUUUAAAGUCUGAUUUAAAAUUUCUCUUAGCUUAAGUAUGCUACUGAAUUCUGAUUAUAUUUUAUUAAAGUCAUUGUUAAGUUUAGCUCUCGUGAUAAGUAUACAUAGCUACUUAUUUUUUAUACUUUCAUAGCUUUGCACUGCAUCCUAAAUUGAACAAAACGUUAACAUUACAUUCAAUAUUUCUGACUGUAUUAUUCAAAGCUGACUGCUAAAUUAGUUUUUUUAGCACUUAAAAUUGCAUAUAAGUUUAUUUUUCCCGAAUUUGUUUAUUACUACUUAUUAGGUAAGUAUAAGGUUCUUGAACAUGGUUAGAUUAUACUGAUUCUAUUCCAUUAUUGUUUUAUGAAGAAAAUAUACUUUUACUGUAA